CGCUGCUGGACUCCAACCACUGCCCCGGCUCCGUCAUGUUCCUGUUCGAGGGCGCCUUCGGCACCAUCCUGUACACAGGUACAGGGCAGGCCCCCGCGGCCGCGCCGCCCCCCGGCCCGCCCUGACCGCCCUCUCCUUGCAGGGGAUUUCCGCUACACCAGCGCCAUGAAGGGCGAGCCGGCGCUGCGGGGCCGCCGCAUCGACCGCCUCUACCUGGACAACACGCACUGCCACCCGGCGCGGGCCCUGCCCUCGCGGCAGCACGCCACGCGCCAGGCCGCCCGCCUCAUCCACGCCCACCCGCGGCACCGCGUCCUCAUCGGGGUGUACAGCCUGGGCAAGGAGACCCUGCUGGUGGACCUGGCCCUGGAGUUCAGGACCUGGGUGGUGGUGAGUCCCUGGCGCCUGGAGCAGAUGCGGCUGCUGGAGCUGCCCGAUGUCUUCACAGCGGAGGAGGGGGCCGGCUGGAUCCGAGCUGUGGAUGUCGGCGAGAUCCGCUGCGAUACCCUCACCAGCUGGAACUCGCUGCACCCCACCAUUGCCAUCCUCCCCACCGGCAGGCCCGUGAAGAUCACCCACCCCAACAUUCACCCCAUUCCAUACUCAGAUCACUCCUCUUUUUCAGAACUGUGCGAGUUUGUGAAGUGGCUGAAGCCUUGCUCCGUCAUUCCAAUUGUGAGGGGUGGCAUGUGCCAAACUUACUUUCAGAAAUACUUGUGUUCUGCCCCCCAGGCACUUCCUGACUUCAAAAUCCCAAAGCCUGUGCAAGAGUCUGAGCAGCAGCAAAGGAAAAGGAAGGGCCGGGAACCCACUUGUCUCUUGAGAAAAGCUGCCCAGCGUUCAGCACCACGAGGGGUGGUUUAUGAGUCCCCAGAGAAAUAUACUGAGGAAUCUGAAGAAUUCACAAAUGUUCAGGCUGCUCAGCAGAACUCCUGCAAGUCAGAUUUCUGCUUGAAAGGAGGUUCCAGUUGUUGUCACACAGGCAAGGAGAAAGGGAAGGAACAGCUGAGUGGAGAACAGCCAGGAGGAGUCAGUGCUGUCAGCCAGGCCCCCCUUCCUGAUGAGCACUUUCCAACUGGAUUUGCAGAGGAGUAUUUACUCACUCCCUUAAAUGUGCUAAAGCAAUAUUCCUCACAGGCUUUUGACAAGCUGGUAGAAGAUUUCUUUAGGAGGGAAGAAGCAUCUUGAAAAAUUGUGUGACACUUGCUGGUUCAGUUGAUAGCAGUGAUGCUAGAGGUCUUGCUGCCACGUCCCACUCUCUGUGCUCAAGUUUCCCAUCAGGAGAGAGGAGCUCAGCUAUGCAGCUCUACUUUACCUCUGCUUAGAGGACAGAGAGGAAACUAGGACCACUUGUAGGCAUUAGAUUUCUUUAUUUAUUUUUAUAUCUUUGUCUGUAUCUCUUGGGUCUCCACACUACACCCAGGCAGUGCAGGCCCUCUGUGUGUGUGUCUUGUAUCCCUUUUUUGCAGUGACCCACCUGCCUCUUGUGAGAACAGAUACUGCUGGGCCAAUUCAAUCUGCAGAAAGGUCAGCUGCCUGCAGCUGAAGUAAUUAAUGAGUUUGGAAUGUGAUGAAAGAAACAAGAAGGGAGUAUCUGAGAGCCCCAAAGAUUCUUCCUGCUGUGUGUCUGUAAUGUAUUAUUGAGUGGUUAAUUCUAAAAUACUGUGUAUUAAGGUACAGUUAUAAAGUGGUCCUCAAAGAAAUCUGCAGAAUAAAGAGUUUCUUAAGUCUGUUAA